GGACAGAAAAGAUUAAUACGACUGGUGAAGAAAGGAGAGACAAGCAACUGAUACCAAGGGCUAAAAGGAUAGAACGAAUACCAAGAGCACGAAAAAGGGGCUUGCAGCUGUCGACAUCGCAGCUAGCAACGCCAACCAUACACAAAGACAAUGAGAUUCCUAAGUCUCACCGCGAUCAUCAUCCCGCUCUUGGUCAUUCUCAUCUCACCCUUUCCCAACACCGGUCCAGCGCGUGUCGAAGCACUGCCGAAUCCGUUUAUUCAUCUUACGCGAUGGCCUCAAUUCCCGCGGCUACCGGGGAUGACUCGACGCGUAUCCCGGCUGGCAGAACUUCUUCGUCAUGGAGGGAACUGGAGCGAAAGCAGCGGGGGAAACACGACAGUGCUUCUCCCGUCGCGAGCGAACCUGUUUGGUGUGCCGAUGAAUAUAUACCCGCCUGGUCUGCAGCGAUUGGAGAUACUGGAGAUAUUGGAAAGGCGGUCGCAUCAGCGCAGGGUUGGAAAGGGCAGGGAAAACCACGGUAAAGAUGGCUUGCAAAUGGGACAAGAUGGUAAAAAAGAUGGUAGUGGAUUGAAUUUGGAUAAAAGACGUGAUCCUGAUAAGGAGGACAUGGAUGAGAUCCAUAAUACAAUGGAGAAGGAUGAGAAGAACGAGAAUGGCAAGAAUGAGAAGGAUGACAAGAGCAACAAGGAGGCAAAAGAUGAGAAGAACAAGCACAAAAAUGAAAAGAAAGAGAAGAAACAUAAAAAACACAAGCACAAGCACCACCAUCAUCAUCACCAUCACAUUCUCUCCAACCAUCUCGAAUACUGGGCCAAUAUAUCCCGCGGCAUCGAGUGGCGCAAUAGCCAUCCAGACGCGUAUCCCGCGCGACAAGUCAGAUCAAACUGCGACGGCGACGCAUACGGCAGUCGGCACGACCAUUGUCGGUUCCUCCGCCCAGAGUUCUGCGCAGACGCUAUCAACAGGUUCAUGGACAAUGUGACGUAUUUUGCGUAUGCGCAGUACGGCGCCAAUAAGAACUCGGUGGUGCAGAAUAUGCAGAAUCAUGGCUGCAUGGCGAUUUAUGAGUGCGAGAGCCCGCAGGCAUAUGAGCGCGCGCAGUUGACUGGCAGGGAGAUUAAGCAAUAGUAUGGUCCCCUUCCCCGCCUCCCCGCCCCACCAUCAUAAACCCCACGGCGGCUUUCUUUUCUUUUAUGUGCUCUGCUUU